AUGUCAAUAGCAGAAGAGUCGCUGCUGCCGCGGCUCCCAGAGCUGUUCGAAACUAGCAAGCAACUUUUGGAUGAAGUGGAAGAGGCAGCUGAACCCAGCACUUCCAAGGUGAUCCAAAAGAAGGUAUCAGAGGGACUCAGACAUCUUGAGAAGGUAGCUCAAAUGUUGUCGCAGCUCGACCUGUUCAGCCCAAACGAAGAUUUGGAAGAGAUUGCUUCCACAGACCUGAAGUACCUGCUGGUGCCAGCACUUCAAGGAGCCCUGGCCAUGAAACAAGUCAACCCCCAAAAGCGUCUAGAUCAUCUGCAGUGGGCUCGGGAGCGCUUCGUAAACUACUUAAGUCAGUGCCAAUUCUAUCACUUGGCAGAGUUCCAGUUGCCCCAAACCAACAACAACAACAACCCGACUGAAAAUAACAGUAACACUGCCGUUCCAGCCGUGGCCCAUCCUAGUCUCCUUGACAUGGCAACUAAGCGACAGACUAAAAUACAGAGAUACAAGCAGAAGAAGGAGGUGGAGCAGAGGCUGUCUGCCUUGAAAUCUGCCGUGGAAAGAGGCCAAGUAGAUGACGAGAAUGUUCGUGAAUAUUACCUCCUCCACCUCCGAAGGUGGAUUGUUAUCAGCUUAGAAGAGAUUGAGAGCAUCGACCAGGAGAUGACGAUCCUGAGAGGAAGAGACUCUUUAUCGGACGCAUCGACUUCACACUCAUCUCUUCAGGACAGGCCUACAGGGAGACCCUUCAUUCUCGCUCGGAAUUUGACCCACGCCAAAGUAUUUGGAGCUGGUUACCCGAGUCUGGCGUCUAUGACGGUGAGCGACUGGUAUGACCAAUAUGGGAAAUGUGGAACAUUACCAGGUCAGGGAACACCCGAGACAACAUGCGAGGUCAAAAUGAAAUUGGAAGAGCAGAAACAAAAGGAGAAAAUGGAUGAUGAGAAAACACACGACCAAGCUCAGGAGUGGGAUGACUGGAAGGACACCCAUCCUAGGGGCUACGGCAACCGACAGAACAUGGGUUAG